AUGGAGUAUGUGGAUGGUAGGAUACAAGCACCCAACACAAUUGACCCGGGUUAUGACCAAUGGGAGAUUACCAACUCUUUGAUUAUGGGUUGGCUUAUUCAUUCGAUGGUACAAGACAUUGGCGAGGGCUACUUAUCUAUGGAGACUGCCCAGGAUGUUUGGGAUGAUGUGGCUGCCACCUAUUCCUGUAAAGGGAAUUUCUCACAGGCAUUUGAGUUACGCCACUCUAUUGAGAGUUCUGUUCAGGGGGAGCAGACGGACUAUAAGCCUGUUUGCACUGCUGAUUCAGUCGGGUACAAGAAGUUCAUUGCACAGGAGAGAGUCUUCAAGUUUCUGGCCGGCCUCAAUGUGGAGUAUGAUCCGGUUCGGAGUCGGGUUCUGAGUAUGGACACUCUUUCUUCACUUCAGGAGGCAUUUGCCUAUGUACAAAAUGAGAAGAGUCGCCGAUCUGCAAUGAUGUCCCCUAUUUCAACUGACCGCUCAGCAUUAUUGUCUACCUCUAGAGAUAGCCUCAGCUUGACUCCCAUCCCUCCGUCUGCCGCCAAGAAGUCUGUCUUUUGUGAUUACUGUAAGAAGCCGCAGCAUACUCGGGAGACAUGUUGGAAGCUUCAUGGGACUCCAUCCGGGGGUCGAGGUGAUCGGUCUGGUUCUAGAGGAGGUCAGUCAGGCCAGUCUAGAGGACGUGGCUCCUAUCCUCGGGCUCAUCAGUCUAGUGUCGUUGAUACACUUGAUUCUACUUCUACUUCCAUUGGCCAGGCUUCUAAUGGUCUUUCUAGCAUGACUACUCAUGAGCUUGAGGAUGUUCUGCAUCACUUGUUGGACCACCAGUCUUCUACUGCUCUCAGUACAUCUUCCUUGUCAUUUGCCCGCUCAGGUAACUUAGUCUCUUCUUCUUGUGUUUUCCUGUCUCAUACGACUUUGCCCUGGAUUAUUAAUUCUAGUACCUCAGAUCAUAUGUCUGGUUCCUCUGACCUUUUCUCUUCCUAUAAGCCCUCUUUAGGUCAGGACAAAGUUAGGAUUGCAGAUGGUACUAUUUCUUCUAUUUCUGGGAAAGGUUUAGUCCAUGCCACUCCUACUUUACCUCUCUCUUCUGUUCUCCAUGUGUAUCUCAUGAAAGACAAGAGUGAUGUUUUCUCUGUAUUCCUCAAUUUUCAUAAGAUGAUUUGUACUCAGUUUGGGGUCACUGUCAAAAUAUUCCGUUCUGAUAAUGGGGAUGAAUACAUAGAUUCUGGGUUAGGGCAAUAUUUUUCUACUCAUGGCAUUAUCCAUCAGAUCUCCUGCACCAAUACCCCUCAACAAAAUGAGGUGGCGGAACGCAAGAAUCGCCAUCUUCUUGACAUGGCUCGGUGCAUGUGUUUUUCUAUGAGCGUGCCUCGGUCCUACUGGGGCGACGAUGUUCUCACCGCUGCCCAUCUUAUUAAUCAUCUUCCUACUCAGGUCUUGCAAAAACAAGCUCCUCUUCAAGUCCUCCUCAGUUCCCCGUCCUUGUUUCCUAUUCCUCCCAAAAUAUUUGGUUGUCUGUUUUGUCCAUAA